AUGAUUGGAACCGGCUUCUUCCCCCGACAGUUAGUCGCAGGCGGAGGGGCGUUAUCGAACUUGCCUGCGGUACUGCGCAAUAUACGCAAUACCAGCAAUAGGCUGGUUGCCAACCCACUGAUUGUGACGGAUCCUUUCUUGAAGUCUACAG